UCAUGGUGACACUUGAGCUCAACCCCCGCUCUCUCACCUCUCCCCUGGGGAUCGUCCGGUUAUUCGAAAUCUUCCUUUCCUGCACGGCCUUCAGCCUGGUGGCCGUCCACCAAAGCUACAGCACCUCCUACGGGGCCUGGUCCAUGUUCACGUGGUGCUUCUGCUUUACCGUCUCCAUCUUCAUUGUGGUCAUGGAGUUCAUUGGCCUGGCUCAGUCGCUGCCGCUCUCCUGGGAAGACUUCAUCUCUGCUUUCUCCAUGCUGGCCACUCUCAUGAUCUUCACCACGUCCAUCGUCUACCCGUCCGUCUUCAUACCAAACAAGUGUGCAAGUCCCGGAAGCGGAAGCCACAAGUGCAGUUACGAGGGUGCAGCCACUGCUGUCUCUUGCUUGUGCUUUGUCGCCUAUGCUGUUGAAGUGGGAUUGACCCAGGCCAAAGCCGGAGAAGUCAGCAGCUUCCUCGCCACCGUUCCCGGCCUCCUGAAGGUGUUUGAGGCCUACGUGGCUUGCCUCAUCUUCUCCUUGGUGGAUGCCACUCCGUACUACAAGGACUUUCCCGGCUUGCAGUGGUGUCUCGCUGUCUACUGCAUCUGCUUUAUUGUCACCGUGCUCAUUCUAGUCCUCACCAUCGGACGUUGCCUCACCUACCUACCCCUCCCCGUGGAGAAGUUCCUGGUGGGCUUCAACAUCUUGGCCGUGCUCAUGUACCUCACGGCAGCCAUCAUUUGGCCCAUCUAUAGCUUCAAAAAUAAGUCAAAGCCUUCUUGUCACCCAUCUGAACCUCAGUGCAUGUCCUGGAACAACCGCCUGGGAGUGACCUUCCUGUCCUUCUUCAAUCUCAUCGCCUACAUUGUGGACUUGGUGUACUCCUCCAAGAUGGUUUUUCUGAGCAGCCCCGCUUAGCUUGGUCUCCUGGCUAGGCCUACUCAGGCCAGGAUGCAAGGCCAAGACAUUCGCCGGAGAGGGUGCGGUUGGUCUACAUGCGGUUUCUAACAUUCUCUUUAUUUAAAAAUGGUUUAUUUUUGUAUCAUUACAUGCAAUUCCUGCUCCUUGGAUAGGAUUGUGCAACAGCUGCUCUCGA